AUGGGGAAGAAAACUUUAGCUGAUGAGCUAUUAGAGCUCCACAAACCACAAACGGACUUUGACAUAGAAAAUGAUGAAUUUGCAAACGUAUCAUCAAGUAAUGAAGCCGAAGAGUCUUCGGAAGAUGAGUUGAAGACGGACCAUUACGUUAAAGUGUCUAAAUCGAAGCUAAGAAAGCAUGAACCAAAGAACAUCUACGGUGGGCAGGUGAGCAGUAGAAAGGACAUAUUUGAAGGUGAUGAUGAUAAUGAGAUGAUCACUAGUGAAGAGGACGAAGAUAUAAAACUCUCUGAUUCUGGUGUUUCUCUUGACAACUACCAGUCCGAUUCUGAAUCAGAAGAUCAAGAAGACAAAGAAGAACCCGAAGAACCCGAAGAACACCUUGAAGAUGAACACAAAAGAGAUGCAUUGAAAUUGUUGAUUUCCAAAGAACGUCAAACCAUUGGUAAAAGAGUGGCUCAAUCCAGCAUCAACGACUCCUUGAAAGGGUUUUCUAUCAUAAACCAAAAUCUGCUUUUUGACAAGCUCAUUGAAUCCCGUAUUAAACUACAAAAAGCUGUUAGCAAAUCCAACAUUUUGCCCAAAGACUCAGAAGCAGCUAAACCAUUCACCACUUCCAGAACCAAAACCGCUGUUAAAUCUGCUCAAGAAAAGUGUUACGACUUGUUGGACAAUAUCAUGCAACUCAGAAACACAUUGUACAAAAAGGAUUCCAUUGAGACUGUAACCUUUCCCAAGAAGAGAAAACUCAAUAACUACGCCCAGGCUGCUGGUGAGUUCGACUCCAAGUUAAACAACUUCAGGUCAAUAACGUUGACUAAAUGGUCUAAUAAAGUGAUGAGCUCUUCAGGCUCAAAUGCAUUGAAUGCCGGUAAGUUUAAAGUGGUCAAUCAAUCGGCUGAACAGCAGGUUGUGAAUAACUUGAACGAUGUGGAGCGGUUGAAAAAGAGAACGUAUUUGAACAGGAGUGGAGUGAUUCCUUUGGGAUACAAGGAACCUUCAGAAGAAGGAAACGAUGAAGAAGAGGAAGCAAACCCGGAUAUCCCCAAAGAAGUCGUCACCAAGGGAAAAAACGAAAUGCCCCAAAUAUUCGAUGAUGAAGACUUUUACAGAGUCUUGUUAAACGAUUUGGUAGAGAAGAAAAUAUCUUCCAGUAAUCCCGUAAAUGGAGUUACUAUGACCCUAAGACAAACCCAAAAGGCUCAAAAGUCCAAUAAGAACGUCGAUACAAAAGCAUCCAAGGGAAGAAAGUUAAAGUUCAAUAUCCAAGACCCUAUAGCCCAUUUCGAAACUCCUUUGAACUUGAAGUGGGAAGACUUCCAGAUUGAUGAACUCUUUGCUUCUUUGUUAGGACAAAAAGUGAAUAUGGACGAAGCUGAUGAAGUUGCCCUUGAAGAUGCCGAAAUCAUUAAUGACGACUCUAUCAAAUUGUUCAGUUAA